CUCCCUCCAGGUGAAGGCCGCUGCACCCUCGCUUCGAGAGGGGUCGUUUUUGCCCAGCCGGGGUGGCAGCGCUCAAGAUGCUGUCCUCGCCAUGCCUUUUCGGAUGAUCGUUACGAAACAUGCGUGCAAGCCUCGCACGCGUGCAAGCCUCCUCUCUGAUUCACGCGGCUGACUCCCGCGCACCCUCACUCGCGAGCGAGCCCCUGAAAUCGGAGCGCAGACUUCGGGGUAGACACGGGGAAAGUCAGUCGGGCUUCUGUAGGCGGACCAAACUUGGCAUUUCCAGGGCUCAGGCGGUGUGCGAUGCCUGGGGAGUCAGCUCCGUGUCGUUCGCGGUCGUGGGACUCCGCUGCAGAAAGGGGCUUGGAGUAAAGGCGCACCAGAGAAAUCGGCAAGCCCCAUUUCCAUCGCGGCCACUUUUCCUGACGCCUUCACGGUCCCCAGCCCCACACUCUGUACAUUGAUCAGUUGCUAACCCUUACACAGUAUUUUUCCUCUCUGGGUUUCUCUUAAGAAUAUGAGCCAUUAAGGGAAAAAAAAAGGCACCGAUUUCUUUCUGGAGGAACAGAAACGGAUCCUCAAGCUCAGGAUGGAUGUAAAGUGUGCCCAACUCCUUCCUUCCGUCUGCACCGUUCUAGCGGACCCAAGAUCUCCAGUUUCAGAUGACACCUGUUUAGAAAAGUUACUAGACUGGUUUAAGACCUUGACGAACACUGUGCCCAGCCUGCUGCUGUUAGAGGAAAAUCCCUGUUUGACGGAGCUGAUCCUUGCAGUGCUCAGACAAGAGGAGCUGGACCCUGGCAUCCUUUCCUUUGUGCUGCGGCUCACGGGGAUACUCGCCCAGACUGAAGCCAGUUUCCAGCGCCUGCAGGGAGAGGUGGUGUUUGGUGCCUUUGGCGAAGCGGGCCCCCUUGGCAGUGCAUUGUGGGAAGACAUGUCCAUCCGGAGCGGCUGGGUCCAGGGAGCCUACACAAUGCUGCAACACUACAGUGCCUUCCAGUUUCUGUGCAACUCCGGAGCCCUGGAUGUGAUUUUCACCCUUCAAGGAGACCGCAGCCUGUUCGUUGCUUCGGGGGCCAAUCGGCUUCUUGCCCGCAUGCUCAUCUUCUCGGUGCAGUCCGAACCAUCUCGCCUGCUCAGCACCAAGGACUGUGAUUGGCCAGCCUGUGCACGGAUGAUCAUGGCUCGAGUCGAGGAGUCCCUUCAGUCCCGUGCCGCCUCUCGCGUUCAACAUUCCUUGAAGUUGCUAACGACAUUGUUUGAACACAGCCAGGAUGCAUGGACUGAAGUGCUUUGGUCUUGGAUAGCAGACACUGUCGGGUCCCUUCUGACAGAGGAACCAGUCCUGGCUGGACAUUCGCUGGUGGAUCUGUUCCUUAACAUGGCGAGAUCUCCAGCAUUUAGCUCUCCUGAAUGCAGCCUCUGGAGGCUGGUCGCACUUGCCCUAAAGAACUUAAGCCCAGCUCAGGCUGGUCCCCUGGCCUUGGGGCUCUUGAAACUGGAGGCAUGCCCGCAGGCAAUCAAGACGCAAAGUCUGACUGUCCUCGUCUUGCCGAUGAGCUGCAUCUGUAGAAGCGUUUCUGACUCUGUGGACUUCCCAGGUCUGCUGGAAGGUCCUCCUUCCAACGCUGCUCCCGUGGAGUCCGUCCUCUCGUCCAGGUCUUCCUGCGUCAGUCUCCUGUGCCAAUCCUUGGCUUAUCUUGAGGAGAUCCAGUGUUUGGCUUGCGCCUCUGUGGAUUUCCCCCAUAAGCCUCUGCUGCACUCGGUGGUGACCAUCCUGCAGUUUUGUGUCGGCCUCGCUGUUCCGGUCUCCGCCCUGGGAGUGUCGGUUGGCAAGAUCCUGAUUGGCUGCUUCCGGGUUCAGCGGGCGGCCCUCGGUCUCCUCGGGGUGCUCUCCCGGUGGGCAGCUCUGACCCACGGCGAAGCCACGGAGCGUGUCUUUGACAUCCUGCUCGUGUAUUUGAAGAGCCCAGAUACGAGCCCUACUGUCCUGAAGAAGGCAUUCCAAGCAGCACUGAAAUGGCUUCGGAGCGUCCUGGAACCAUCCAGCUCUACUGAAGACUUUGAGCGGCACAAGCAAUUUAACAGAGAUCUCCUGCCUGUGUUACAGAAACGCCUGUGCAGCCCAAGCUGGGAAAUCCGCGACUCGUCCCUGGAGUAUCUGACGCUGUCACUGAAGUGUUUGAGGGGACAGGAGUGGUUUUGCCGCGACCUGCUCUCGUCCGAAGUGCCGGCGCUUGUGGGGGGCCUCCUGGACGACCUGGAGAGCUACGUGCGAGCCAGCGCUGUGAAAGCCUCUGGGCAGCUUUCUCUUGUCACCAGCGUUGGCUCCGAGAUGCCCAGCCUGGAAAACAACGGGGGCCACAAAGAGGCCGGCGUCGGCACUCGCUUGCUGGAAAUCUUGUCCACCGACCCCGAAGGCUUCCCUCGCAGAGCCGUGAUCAGCGUCUUCCUUGACUGGCUACGAGAAGGCCACCCCGAAGUGCUGGCCGAUCCUGAGCAGUUUAUUGCCGGGGCGAUCCAGGCUGCAAGAGCAGACUUGGACUGGGAAGUCAAGCUUACUGGCUUGGAACUGGCCGCAGUGUUUGCUGCCCAGACUUUUGGCCGGUUCGGGCUUUUGGAAGGCUCACGGACGGCCUGCCCGUCGUCUGCUGGAGGGUCCGCCUGUCCUUCUGAACUGCUGCAGACAUUCUGCCGGGUGAAGCUCUUGGAGUUUCUCUUCGGAGCCUUGCAUGACUGCGACAGGCCGGUGGCCCAGAAAGCCUGCCAGAUCCUUCAAGUGGUGAAAUCGAAGAUUUGCAAAGACAGCUGCCUGGAGCAGGAGAGGCGAUUAGAGCAAGAUGCCACGGCUGGGACAGAGGAAGAGCCGCAGGGAGCGUCUCCGUCUGUCUUGGCCCUUCCCUUUGGGGAUUCUGCUGAAAGGUCUUUCCAGGAUGCCGACAGCCUGCUCCUGACUUUAGAGACGAUAGACCUGGAGGGUUUGCAGCGGUCCCUGGAUGUAAGCAGUGACCACUUGGAGCAGAGUCCCCGGUCGCUCUUGCAAGACAUCCUUUCUGCUGCAGGGAACAAGGAAGAAAACGAAGCAGACUGUUACUGAGGACCUGGCUCAGCGCAGAAAGUGACCUGUUUGGAUAGGCAGUCCCCCAACCAAGGGCAAAACGGGCCACUUUGCAAAGGAAUACUUCCUGUAUGGGUGGGUUCCACAAAAUCCCCCUAUAGGAAGCAGUUUAUGGACAUCAUCCAGGAGUAAGAAAGUCAGAGCUAAAAGACAUGCACAAAAAUUGCUGGUGAAGGGGCAAAGUUACGAUUUCGCAUGUCAGAGUUUUUACAGUUUCAUUCCCAUAAAUGCUGUGCUACUCAGAAUAGAUCUAUGAAAUCUCCAACCUGCAAAAUCCAGGCAAGCCAUAAGUAUCCAGGUGUGCUUGUCCAGCAAGAUGGAAAAGAGUGAGCACACAGUUAAUACAGUAAGUCUUUGGGAGCGGAUUCUGCCAAGGGCAUACUCAAUUCAGCCUGCCUUGAAUUUUUAAAAUCAAUCAUCGCAGUCCAUCACUCGGGGGGAUUGAGGCCAUUCACCCUCGAUCUAGAAACAACUGGAUCGCUCUUUUUGUAACAUCGUGAUGAGCGUGCAAGAUGGGUUUCUUUGUAUUAUUGUGAGGGCUACAUGGAUGCAGUGACUCGUGUGCAGGGAAGCAAUCACGGACUGCCACUUUCCAGGAAAAAAAACACUGUGCACAAGCAUCAGAUGAAUUUGCACAUGGGUUUCAUGCUUUGUUGUGUUUUUCAGGCUCAGGCUUAGAGAUGGAUUGCUCCAUCCUUGCUCUUGGGAAUAACCCAUUUAUUAAGUAUUGCAGGCAGUUUGGCCCCGCUGAGUUUUUAUACUUGUAGGCUGAUGGCUGCUGCCCCUGCUGAGCCAGUUGUUAUCCUGGGAGUUUUCUCUUCUUACCAAUAAAAGUUAUUUUUAUCAUAGCUUCAUUUCGUCAGUUUGGGCUGAUGAGAGGUGGAAUUUUGCAGUUAAAGGCAGUCAAACAUGAAGCUACAGCUACAGGCCGGAGAGCCGAAUCCAGCCCAGCUAACUUUUGCAUCUUGUCCCUUUCAGAUCAUUUGGUUGUUUCCCUGCUUUCAUGCAGCUUUCUCCCCUGUUCUGAAAAGGUGGAACCUCUCUGUAU